AUGAAUACAUCUUAUCACUAUGAAAUUACUGAAUGUGCUGCAUAUCGUAUUCACAGUUCAAAAGAAGCAGAAAUUAUUAAUUUCACAACAAUAUCAAAUACAUCAUCUAAAAAACAAGGUGUGUUAGCAAAUUAUGGUAAUUUAAAUAUUAAAAAAUGUAAUUAUUUAAACAAUGAAGAUACAAAUAAUGGUGAUGCAAUAAUUUGGUGUGAUACUUCAUGUACAUAUUCAAAUUGUUCAUUCAUAGGAAAUAAAGGAAACUAUUUAUUUGCAGUAAAACCAACUUUUGAUAAUUGUUACUUUAAUAAUAAUGAUGUAAAUCAAACUCUAAAGUUUGAUUUUUUUCCGGAAACAUUUGAAACAGGAUAUCCAUUAGAUUCAUUUAUAUCUCAUUAUACUACAGAUAAAUGCUCUGCUACAUAUUUUUAUAAAAAGAAAGUAUCAGAAAAAAGAUUAAAAAUGAAAGACAUCAAAAACAUUGUUCAUAAUGUUUUUAAAACAUCAUUUGUUGUAUCAGUAAACAUAUCUUCUUCUAAAUAA